AUGUCUAAAGAGGUUACCGGUGAUAAACCAUUUGAUUUGGACGUGGUUUUAAAACAACUAGGACCGUUUGGUAAAUACAAUAUUGUGAAUUAUGCAUUGUUAUUAUUUCCAAUCUAUUUGGCGGGAAUGUACGCAUCGAUUUAUGUGUUUGAAGCUUCUGAUAUAGAUUAUAGAUGCGAAAUCAGUCAAUGCGAAGGUAUCAACGAAAGCCUUUGGAUAGAUUACGCGAUACCUUAUGAAAAAUAUGAGUUAUCAAAAUGCAAACGGUAUCAAUAUCUGGGAAACAAUAGUAAUACAUGCAGUGAACGGGACUUCAACAGAACUGUUUUAGAACAAUGUGAAAAAUAUGUUUACAGUGAUGAAGAUUCGGCAGUCAAGGAUUUCAACCUAGGAUGCCAAAAUUGGAAGAGAACGUUAAUUGGCACUAUACAUAAUUCCGGUCUAUUCGUUUCUUUGCCACUUACUGGAAUGAUCUCUGAUAGAUUUGGAAGAAAAAUUGCUUUACCAAUAGCGUCGUUGAUGAAUGGUAUAUUUGGUAUUACCAGAUCAUUCUCUACUAAUUACUAUAUGAUGGUUGCUAUGGAAUUUCUAGAAGCUUCUUUAGGCGCCGGAGCGUAUAGUACAGCUUUUGUUUUAGCAAUGGAAAUCGUCGGACCUAAAGGGCGGGUAUUUGGAAAUACCCUAAUAAACGUUUUAUACGUUUUCGGUUCAAUGUCUCUCGCUGGUCUUUCCUGGUGGCUUCAAAGCUGGAGGAAACUACUUCGGGUCUUAUACUUUCCAGCACUCUUAGUAUUCUCCUACCUUUGGUUUCUGAAUGAAAGUGCCAGAUGGCUGCUUAGUAAAGGUCGACAUGACGAAGCAGUUGAAAUACUAAAGAAAGCAAGCAAAAUGAACAAUGUUGAUAUUUCUGAUGAAGUUAUAUCAUCAAUAUAUAAAGUGGGCAAAGAAGAUACAAAGAACAAAGAAAUAAUAGCAGACAAUGGAGGAACAACGAAAUCCACUUUUCUGGAAGCGUUGAAAUCGAGCAUUAUAAGAAAGAGAGUAGCAGUAUGUUCCUUUUUGUGGAUUACUUGCACUUUUGUGUAUUACGGACUAUCUAUAAACUCAGUAUCACUAGCUGGUAACAAAUAUGUGAACUUCAUGUUGGUAGCAUUUGUUGAGAUUCCAGCAAACUUUGUGUGUUUGUUUGUGUUAGAGAGAUAUGGUAGGAAGCGGACAUUGAUAUCGACUUAUCUGUUGAGUGCUUGCUUCUGCGUUAGUCUUUAUUUGAUUCGUAAAGAUCAGAAGUGGUUAUCUCUUGUAAUCUACUUGUCUGGGAAGUUCUCAAUCACGAUAGCGUACAGCUCUGUUUACAUCUACGUGUCGGAGGUAUUUCCCACGAACGCGCGGCAGUCUCUACUGGCAGUCUGCUCAGCGCUGGGUCGCGUCGGCUCCACACUGGCGCCCCUCACACCAUUAUUGGCGUUGUAUUACGAUAACCUGCCAGCGAUAUUCUUUGCCAGUAUAACUCUAGUUGCCAGUGCGCUCGUGUUCACUCUGCCAGAGACAAUCAACGUACCUCUGCCUGAUACCAUCGAAGAGGCGGAAAGCCAAUCAAAGAAAAAUAAAAAUAACGAGUAGCAUUAGAUUUACUUUAUUGUAUUUUAUAUCAUACUGCCAUAUACUGUCAUAUGUCUGAAACAUUAAAAUGCUUACUCAGGGACCCUUAUCGGAAAUAAAACAAGGGGCUGUUUAAAUAUCGUUUAAUGAUUCUAUGCAAUAUUUAUUAUGUCAUUUGAAUUUUGA